CCCACACCACAGCCGCUGCCUGCAUCUGUACCAGCGUUCUUCUUCCCCUUUCUUUCCUUUCUUCCUCUUCUUUUCAUCUUUCUUCCUUCUUCUUCUUCUCCGCCGCGGCGACCGGUGAACAGCAGCACUGCCUGUCGGGUUUUCUUGCACGAUUUUGGAGUCAAUCGGCGAGAGGAUGUGGAGAGCAUUGGCGAGACGGGUUUUGCUUUGGAGAGCGACGAGGCCGCAAGAAUUGGCUCCUUCUCUGCUUCUUCGUCACCAGGGAUCGGUAACAUUACCCUCUGCUGAAUCUGCAACUCGUAUUCCAAUUUUCUCAAGAAACUCGGAUGUUUUUCAUAGCUUUCGUUUUUUCUCAUCUAAUCGAGCUGAAAGUUACGAUGAGGCAUCUUCUGGAUUUCCCCUUUCUGAGGGAAAUGAGAUAGAUGGAAAUGAAAAUACAGAACUUGAAAGUUGGGAAUCUGCUUUUGAUAAUGUUGAGGAGAAUUUGGUGGGGAGUGUUGAUGUUUCUGGUGCUGCGACGGGCGAAAGUUUGGAAUCUGAUGUUAUAGUGGAUGAGCGUACUGGCGUAGAAAUGGAGAAUGAUCCAGAAAAGGUAGAAAAUUUGUUGUCUUCGCUUCAGAGUCGUGGCACUGCUAGGGAUUCUUUAGAAGCUGAUUUUGAAAGAAUGGAUUUGGUUGUGGAUGAAAAUCUUGUUUUGAGAGUGCUUAAUACUCCAUAUAUUGCUGGGGAGAAUUUGAUUAGUUUUUUUAGGUGGGUAAUGAAGAAGCCUGGGUAUGAAUUGACUGCAUCAAUGGUGGAUGCUUUGAUUAGUGCUAUAUGUGUGGAGAACAGGAAAAUGCAAGUAUAUGCAUUGUGGGAUUUGAUCAAGGAGAUAGGGGAGAAGGCGGCAGGGUUGGUGAGCACGAAGAUGUUAAAUGAAUUAAUCAGUGAACUUUCGAGGUUAGGGAAGGGGAAAGCAGCCUUUGAGGUGUUCAAUAAGUUUGAGGAGUUUGGUUGUCACCGAAAUGCUGAUACAUAUUAUUUGACUAUCGAAGCUCUAUGCAAAAGGUCCUUUUACGACUGGGCUUGCUCAGUUUGUGAAAAGAUGCUGAGUGCAGGCGAUUUGCCUGAUGCAGAGAAAGUCGGGAAUAUAAUUUCUUAUUUCUGCAGAGGAGGAAGAUCAAAAGAUGCACAUAUGGUUUAUGUGUAUGCAAAGGACAAGAAUAUUAGCCCGCCUCCAUCAACUGUCACAUUUCUGAUUCGAUCUCUUGGUAGAAUUGAGAAAUGUGGUGAAGGAGAUGACAAGGAAAGAAAUAAGGAGUUGAAUAAAGAAACCGUGUCCUUGGCUCUGGAGAUGUUGAAUGACUAUUCGGUGGAAGAUCGGAUGUAUGCAAUUAAGCCCUUUUCAAGUGUCAUAAAGAAGCUGUGUUGGAUCGAAGAUGUUGACAGGGCAAAAAAGUUACUUCAUGAGAUGAUUGAAUCUGGCCCCCCUCCCGGAAAUGAUGUAUUCAACUUUGUGAUUAAUGGGCUUGCUAAAUCAGGGGAUGUUGUGGAAGCCAUGAAUUUGAAAACUUUGAUGCAGAAAAGAGGUUUAAAGCCGGAUGUGUACACGUAUAGUGUGAUUAUAAGUGGUUAUGUAAGGGUUGCCGAAAUGGGGGAAGCGUGCAAGAUAUUCAAGGAAGCCAAACGGAGCCACUCCAAACUGAGUCGCGUCACAUUUCAUUCACUCAUUCGAGGGUUCUGCAAGCUUGAACAGUUUGACAAGGCUGUCAAUUUGUUGAAGCAGAUGAAGGCGUAUGGGGUUAGUCCAUUGCACGAUGAGUACAAUAAACUGAUCAAAUCUCUUUGCAUGAAGGCUACGGAUUGGAAAACUGCUGAAAUGCUGGAAGAACAGAUGGAGAAGGACGGUUUGAUUCUUAAUGGUAGAACAAAGGCUCUUAUAAAGGCUGUCAAGGAGUUGGAUCAAGAAACAACUGUCGAAACAUCUUCCCAUUCGUAGAUUACAACAAAAUUCCCAUCUUUAAGCUAGUGGCAUCAUCAAGCAGUCAGGCACGGUUCUUUCUGUUUUUGUUAACAUUGUUUCUUUGAUGCAAGUUCUUGGAGGUAUUGACUCUUGAAAUUGACACUGCUGCCGAUUCUAUAGAUUGAUCGUCUGCGUUUGUUUUUUUUUUUCCCUUUUUUUUGGGGUAUAAUUUGGAAUUUGGAGUAA